UCUACGUCUCGAGCGGCUUAUUUGGGACGUACAGACAAGCAGCCACAGGCACAAAACAAAAACUUUUCCUUUUCUUCGUCUCUCUUGCCGAUCACCGUCUCGUCGGACGAGUCUACUCAGUUUACUCAAUUCCUCUCGCCGGAGCUCCGGAAAACUUGGUGCUUCGUUUUUCUUGUUGUCUCCCAUUACUAACGGCUUUGAUCGUUUCUAGAAUAUUCUCUUUUGCUUCCUUCCCGCCUUCUUUUGUCUUCAUAUUCCCUUCGCUUUCCAAUCUUACCUCGACUCACCGUCCGUUUGUUAGUUCGGAGUUUGACAACGCGAGGUCAUCUUUGAAUUGGAAUUUUGACGAUAAGUCUGGUUUUACCCGAUAAAUGAGCUCUGGAAGACCAUGAAGAAGGUGAGGAGAAAGGUUGGCAAGUAUGAAGUGGGUCGUACCAUCGGUGAAGGUACCUUUGCCAAAGUUAAAUUUGCAAGAAACACAGAGACAGGGGAGAGUGUGGCUAUUAAAGUAAUGUCUAAGAGCACCAUUCUCGAGCACAGAAUGGUUGAACAGAUUAAAAGAGAAAUAUCCAUUAUGAAAAUUGUCAGGCAUCCCAACAUAGUCAGGUUGCAUGAGGUUUUAGCUAGCCAGACUAAGAUAUACAUAAUUCUUGAGUUUGUCAUGGGAGGAGAACUAUAUGACAAAAUUGUUCAGCAGGUGAAACUUUCAGAAAAUGAAUCUAGGCGCUACUUUCAGCAACUCAUAGAUGCUGUUGCUCAUUGUCACAGUAAGGGUGUGUACCAUAGAGAUUUAAAGCCUGAAAAUCUGCUUCUUGAUGCCUUUGGAAAUCUGAAGGUUUCUGAUUUUGGACUAAGUGCCUUGACUAAGCAGGGUGCUGGCCUCCUCCACACUACAUGUGGAACCCCAAAUUAUGUUGCCCCAGAGGUUCUUAGCAAUCUAGGUUAUGAUGGUGCAGCGGCUGAUGUUUGGUCAUGUGGAGUCAUCCUAUUCGUCCUUAUGGCUGGAUAUCUUCCUUUUGAGGAGCCAAAUCUACCGGCUCUGUUCAAAAGGAUUAAUGCUGCCGAAUUUACUUGUCCAUUCUGGUUUUCCGCUGGGGCAAAGACAUUAUUACAUAAAAUUUUGGAUCCAAAUCCUAAAACGCGCAUCCGAAUUGAAGAAAUAAGAAAAGAUCCGUGGUUCAUUAAAAGUUAUGUUCCCGUUAAAAUUGGGAACGAUGAGGAAGUGAAUUUGGAUGAUGUUCAGGCUGUUUUUGAUAACAUUGAGGACAAGUAUGUGGCUGAACGGUCAGAAAAUACUGAGGUCGGUCCUUUGACAAUGAAUGCAUUUGAGAUGAUAACUUUAUCACAAGGAUUGAAUCUAUCAGCCCUAUUUGAUAGGCGUCAGGACUACAUAAAGAGGCAAACUCGUUUUGUAUCUCGUAAGCCUGCGAAAGUUAUAAUUGCAUCUGUUGAAGCUGUUGCAGAAUCAAUGGGCCUUAAGGUCCACUGUCGCAGUUACAAGAUGAGACUUGAAGGCACAUCUGCAAGGAACGCUGGACAAUUUGCAGUGGUUUUGGAGGUCUAUGAAGUUGCACCCUCACUUUUCAUGGUAGACGUUCGAAAGGCUGCUGGGGAUACUCUUGAAUAUCACAAGUUUUACAAGCACCUUUGUGAAAAACUAUCAGACAUUAUUUGGAAACCAGCAGAGUCCAUGCCAAAUUCCGGUUUGCUUAGACAAGUGACUUGCUAAUCCAGCUUGGUGAAUGAUUAAAUCGUACAUGCAAGGGCAUUAAAAGCUGCAUAAUCAAUAUGGGCGUGUUUUCCAGCCAUCACAAUGCAAUGUAAAUUGUGCGUAUGAAGUCGGAUUGCGUGGAUUUCCCCCAUUGUCAAAGUUGCAGCUUUGCUUAUAGAUGGCCCAGCAUGGGAGUAUGCCUCCAGGUAGCUUGUAUGUAAUAUUAAGAGCUCGUAUUGUUGUAGUAACGACAAUAAUCUCUUUUGGUAUGAGUUUGAAAAUAAUCUCUGCUGUUGAAAUCCAAACUUUUGUCGACUAGUUGUAUCCUCUUGGAAACUAAUAACAUAAGCUUCCAGGUUUAGCUAGUGGUCUGUUUUCGAGAGUGAGUUAGUCGACAUAAUUCAAAGCACAUGGUGACUAAUUUGUGGUACUCGAUCUCUAUAGUUUGGGUCUAAGAGUUCGAUAA